AGCAGUCAAAGAGCGCGGUGGUCGCGCGUCUACUUUUACGCAUUUUUUUUUUGUUCAUCUUGAUUUUACUGUAUUUGUUAGGUUUACUUUACGAAUUUUUGGAUUUCGAGUACUUACAUUUUUAACACGUUAUCGGUGAAGCAAACCGUGCGCGAGAAACAUUUUGCUGAACAUUAUGGUGUUGUUUACGAGGAAUACCGAGCUGGAUGACACGAUGCCCCAAACUGUCCCUUCUGCAGGCUUUACGCCCCCAUGUGAUUACAGCAACUUCGCGGAUAACUUUGAUUUAUCCCUCUUGCCAGGAGGUGACCAACCCGUUUCUCCUUCAACCCAAUUUUAUCCUCAGUCAUACGAAACGGAGAAGAUUAUCCAACCGAAGAUCAUAACAUCUUUCUAUCCCUCACCUCCUUCUGAGGAAACAGAGUUAGAACAGUUAGCACCGGAUUUUCAAACGUUGUUGGUACCAGAUGAAAGCAAUAAGUAUUCCAGAAACAUUUAUUUAGAUGUACCAAGUCCUUAUUCUCCAAUAUCUCAAGGAUUACUAUCUCCAAACGAGCAGUUUUCUAAUUAUAGGGAUAAUUUAUAUCCUAGUUCGCCUGAACAUUCGAAUUAUACUCCUUCACCGGGUUCUGUGUAUUCUACUUCACCUUGCAACGAGGAUUAUCUUCAAAAGCAAUAUAUUAAGAAAGAAAAUUCUUCUAUUACUACCUUUUCUCCAUUUACUGUCAAAGAAGAAUCCUUUCUUAUACCUACAAGUCCGGCUUCAUAUUCUUCUAACUCAUCAGAUCAACAACUCUGCUUGCAAAUCGAUAACUCAGACGUUCUAAGUCUUUUCAACUCGGUUAAUAUACAAAAACAAAUUAAAAAAGAAGCUGGGGAAGACUUUAAUACGUUUUCUGCACCACAAACUCUUAGAGAACUAUUGGAGAAAGACUCGAAAAACUCAGAUACCCAAACCGUUCCAGAAAACCCUAAAGAUCAUCGACUGUUAAGAGAAGCUUUGAGAGAUACCAGUUUUCAAAAAAAGUUUAAUAUUAGACCGAUUGAUUUCGGAUUUUUGGGAAGCGAUAUCAAAAUGGAGGAACCCGAACACGAUGAUUUGAUGAGGACUUGCAAUGAGGAAAUGGUUAAGGGAAAUAUUGAACCUGUUUUAAAUAUGGCUAUUGAACAGAUGAGAAAGGAUGUCAAUAAUACUUGCGCUACUCUUGGAAUUUCAGCAGAUCCAUCACAGUGGGACUCAGCCAGUGUGCUAUCAUGGAUCAGAUGGACUUCCAGACAAUUCAAUCUGCCCGAACCAGUAUCAGAACAGUGGGAUAUGAUAGGAACGAAUCUAAUCACCUUAGCAGAAGAUGAUUUUACUAGAAGGUCGCCGCAGGGUGGUAUGAUCCUUCACGCUCAACUGGAAAUAUGGAAAGCCGCGUAUUCUGAAGAGGAUUUAGGAAUUCAAUGGCGCCCAGAAACAACUUCGAGCAAUGCUUCCAGUGGAGAUAUCACAGAUGAAGAAGAGGAAGAAACUCCUUGCCCCACGGAUACCACUAAGCCUACCACUUCUACUAGAUCCGGAUCUCAUAUUCAUCUAUGGCAAUUUCUUAAAGAACUCUUAUCGUCUCCCCAAACACACGGCUCGUGUAUUAGGUGGAUAGAUCGUACCAGAGGCAUUUUCAAAAUAGAAGAUUCCGUGAAAGUAGCGAGAUUAUGGGGUAAACGGAAAAACAGACCUGCUAUGAAUUACGACAAGCUCAGCAGGUCGAUACGACAGUACUACAAAAAGGGCAUAAUGAAGAAAACGGAGAGAUCUCAGAGACUGGUUUACCAGUUUUGCCAUCCGUAUUGUUUGUAAAUUCGAAAUUUUGGUUGUAUGUACAUAGCUUCUAGAGUACCAAAGUAAUUUCUGUGUAAAAUAGUCGGUUGGUGAAUUUGGUGGGGGUUUUCGGGUAUAAUCGAAAAAUGUAACGCAUUUUGUUAUCAAAGUGUUGAAAUAAGUUAUAUAGGGUAUUACUAUAUAUACUUAUUGUAUGCUAGUUAAGCGUACCUAAUUGUAAUUAAAGGAAGGUAAUUUCCUAAUAAAUCUUAAUUAUAAGUUAAAAUAUUUGCCGAUAUUGAGAAAAAAGUCUAAACAAAAAAAAUGACCUUAAAUGAAGCUUGUUAUUCAUGGAAAUAUCUGAUGCUCGAGUCAAUUUAAAUUGACUUUAGAAGCUCGAUAUUAAAUUGAAUAUUGGUCUGCGGUCGUUUUUUUCUAUAGUAUUUCUCGAAAUUCGGUGAUUUUGGUCCCAUAUAUCUAUGAUAUAUUAUAUUAGUAAGUUCUGUGAACGACUAUGUAUAUUUUAAGAUUUUUAUGGCAAUAAUAAAUUGUAAUGACAGUAAUAAGAGUAAGAAUAUUAAAUAUGUUCAUAAUAAUCUCACUUUAGUAUAUAAGUACGUACUGUAUCUUUUUCUGCAUAAUAUUAGGAUAAUAAAUAAGAAAAUAUUAAUAAACGGUUCCGCGUUUUUAUCGUUAUUAUUACUUUUAAUUACGACUUUGUGUAUUUUUUAUAUUUAUGUAUUAAUAUUUGAAAAAUAUUUUUACGGAUUUAAUUAGAAUAAACUGUUUAUAUAAUUU